AUUUUCACCUUUUAUUACCUGCCAUUUAUAUCUCAACCUGCCCUUUAAUUUAUUUAGCUUUUUGCCUCACCAACAGUGAGUGUUUCACUGCUGAAGUAAGUUAGUCAUUCAGAUUUAAGUGACCUGAUUUGGUAGAUGUGGUUUAUGUUUUACUCGGGUGCAUAACAUAUUGUAAUGUUUAGAACAAAGUAAACAUAAAGCAGUAAACGCACCAUAUUAAUAUCGCUGCUCCUGCUACUGAAUUGUCUAAUUCUAAGAUACAACUGUAUUGAUAUGGGUUUGUUUGUUGGUUUGUUUUUAAAUGCUGGAGACAACAUCUCUAAUUGUCACCAUCCAGAAGUACGGGCUGAUUUUGUCUCAAAAGAAAGGAUUGUCAAAGAGCCUUCAGAAACACUCGGUGUUCGAGGAUGACUCGGAUGAUGAGACCACAGUGGGGGAGAGUCUGCAGAAAGAAGCUAUCAAAAAGAAGACGAUGAAGCAGACACGUUUGGCGAUGCACAAGGCCCUAGAGGAGGACAGCACCGUUUAUGAUUACGACGGUGUGUACGACGAAAUUCAAAAACAGAGACUUGAGAACAGCAUAAAAUUUCUGGGAGGCGCUGACAAAAAGCCAAAGUACAUCCACCAGUUAAUGAGAGCGGUUGAGGACCGAAAGAAAGAACAAGAACGAAGGGACGAGAGGAAGAUCCAGAAGGAGAGAGAGGAAGAAGGAGAGGAGUUUGCGGAUAAAGACGCUUUCGUUACAUCCGCCUACAAGCUGAAACUGCAGGAGCAGAAGGAGGAGCAGGAGAAGGAAAAAAGAAUGGAAGCGAUAGAAGCGGCUUUGGACGUGAAGAAACAAAAAGAUCUGAGCGGCUUCUACCGCCACCUGCUGAAUCAGACUGUUGGAGAGGAGGCGAUACCGGAUUGCUCAGCAAACAAAACACAAGACUCAAAGUUAUCAAAAGACACAGAGAGGACUUCACCGGUUCACAUUCCACCAUCCCAGGACAUCAUUCAUAGUUCAGGCAGCGACAGUGAGGAGGGGCGUGAGCAGAAGUCUGGCUUCAGCAAGCUGGGGGUAGGCUCUGCAAAACGCCAGUACAGACAGAGGUCGCCUUCAUCAGGGAGCGGAGAGGAGAGGGAGAAAGAGAAGGAGAGAGAGAGACAUAAGAAGAGGCACAGAGAUCAAGAGAGAGACCGAAACAGGGGAAGGGAAAGGGAUGACAGACACGGGGGAAGGAGAGACGACAGGGACGGAAGGAGGGACAGAGGAAGAGAAGAUGACAGGAGCAGAGGCAAGGACGCAGACAGGGAAGACCGGGACAGAGGAAGAGAAGAUGACAGGAGCAGAGGCAAGGACGCAGACAGGGAAGACAGAGGAAGAGAAGAUGACAGGAGCAGAGGCAAGGACGCAGACAGGGAAGACCGGGACAGAGGAAGAGAAGAUGACAGGAGCAGAGGCAAGGACGCAGACAGGGAAGACCGGGACAGAGGAAGAGAAGAUGACAGGAGCAGAGGCAAGGACGCAGACAGGGAAGACCGGGACAGAGGAAGAGAAGAUGACAGGAGCAGAGGCAAGGACGCAGACAGGGAAGACAGAGGAAGAGAAGAUGACAGGAGCAGAGGCAAGGACGCAGACAGGGAAGACAGAGGAAGAGAAGAUGACAGGAGCAGAGGCAAGGACGCAGACAGGGAAGACCGGGACAGAGGAAGAGAAGAUGACAGGAGCAGAGGCAAGGACGCAGACAGGGAAGACAGGCAUGGGAAGAGGGAGAGGAGCCCGAAGGAAAGAGAGAAGGAUAGGAACGGGGACAGGGAAAAGAGAAGGAAUCACGGUGACGACAGGCGUAAGGACAAAGAUCAGGAGGAAGAGAAGGAGGGAAAGAAGCAACCAGAGAACGAGAAGGCGGUGAAGAGCGUGAAGAGCGAAGAAAAGGAUCCAGAAAAAGAUCCAGAAGAGAAGGAAGCAGUCGGAGAGCAGGCCGUGAAGAAAACCGAUGAGCAGAAAGAGAAAGGGGAAGAUAACGAGGAUCCGGAGGAGAAGGCGAACAAGUUUGUGAAGCGCAGCACGGAUCAGACUGUAACUUCGGCCAGAGACCGGUACUUGUCCAGACACAUCGCACGCUCGUCCUUUAAGACUUAUAUAGAGAAGGAGGAGGACUGAGAGCUGUGCGGCAAAACAGAGAAGAUACGGCUUGUGAUAUUUCAUGUUUUUUUUUCAACAAAUCCCAUGAAAGUACCAAAAGCCAACAUUUAGUUAGUUUCUUCUUCUUCUUCUUCUGUCAGUACCUCCUGAUUUCCCUUUCCCUAUACUCAAGCCCAUUGGUUACUAAAGAUGCAUAUUGUUUUAGUUUUAUUUGUAUUAUUUUCAGCCUUCAUUUGGUGAUCUAGUGAGUAUUUACUGGAUCAAAAUCAAGUGUAAUGUUGAUUGUAAUUAAAGAAAAUGUGACUGUUC